AAAGAUUGCAGAGCCAGGCUGCUUGGUUUCAAAUUCCCAGGGCAUCAGUCAUCCUUGGUCAAGUUCCUAAACCUCUCCGAAGCUUCAAUUUUUUCAUCUGUAGAGUUAAUUAGAUUACUUACCUCAUAAGAUUAUUGUGACAAUUAAAUUAGUUAAUACAUGUAAAAUGCUUAGAAUAAUACCUGGCACAUAGUAAAUGCUCAAUUUGUUAGUUUUUUGUCAGUCUGUUAAUUUCAGGGUACCAGAUGGCAGCCUAGUAUUUUUAAUAAUGCCAGCAAUGGAAAAUGAGAACAGUCCCUUGUACAGUGAUUCCCUCGUACUAGACGAGGUCAGAAAGUCACUGAUAGUCACUAGUCGCAGUCAUUGUAGAGGAGAUUCUUCACCCAAGGCGGAAGUAGAUCUGCCAUCUCCUAGCCCCUCGGGCAUCCACUGUGAAGCAAGUAAGAGUAAGCCAAGGGCUUGGGCGGCACGGAUGCAAUUACUCCCACCGACAGCCAAGGAGCAGUAGAGCACGACCCCGGGUGGCUUUAUCUACAGAAAACAAUUCUUAAUUCCUUGUAGGUUUUCCUUCUUGGCUGUUUGCGUAGCUCCAAACUUCAUGCGUCCCGCUGCCGUAAUCCCGCCCAUUAUUGACUAUCCAACAAAUCAACGAGCGUCCAGGUAGCUGGGGUCGGAUCCGUGCUCUUCUAGGUCAUUCAAAGCCCGGCGUUCUAUGCCCGCCCCCAAGCGGCUGGGCCAAUCUGCGCGGCGGAGAGUGACGUCGCCCGGAACGCUGUCCCGGAGACUGCGCGGUCCGGGUAGGGACCAGUGCUGGGUUGGUGGGGAUUACCCGGCCAGGGCGGGCGAGCGGACAAGUGGCUGGAGCUGUUCCUGAGCCCUCCCCCAGCCAUGGACGUGCAGCCCCCCAACUUCUCCUGGGUGCUCCCGGGCCGGCUGGCUGGGCUGGCGCUGCCCCGGCUCCCCGCCCAUUACCAGUUUCUGCUGGACCAGGGCGUGCGGCACCUCGUGUCUCUAACGGAGCGCGGGCCCCCGCACAACGACAGCUGCCCCGGCCUCACCCUUCACAGACUGCGCAUCCCGGACUUCUGCCCGCCAGCCCCCGAGCAGAUUGACCGCUUCGUGCAGAUCGUGGACGAGGCCAACGCCCGGGGAGAGGCCGUGGGAGUGCACUGUGCCCUGGGCUUCGGUCGCACUGGCACCAUGCUGGCCUGUUACCUGGUGAAGGAAAGGGGCCUGGCUGCAGGAGAUGCCAUCGCUGAAAUCCGGCACCUUCGACCCGGCUCAAUCGAGACACAUGAGCAGGAGAAAGCAGUCUUCCAGUUCUACCAGCGAACUAAAUAAGGAGCCUCAGCAACCUUCUGUCAGACCCCCACAGCCCUGACCAGUGUUAGAUGGGGCCAGAGACGUGGAAGUGGGCUGAAGCCUCCAGGUCCUAGCUGGCUCAAGGGACUGAAGUCUCCCUUCUUUGCAGGCAGGUUGUGAUUGAUGGGAUGGCUGGAGCUGCAUUGGUGUGGGGUCCCUCUGCUGCUUCCUUGAAUAAAUAACUUAUAAGAACCA